AUGCCGGUUACGGAGAUUGCCUUCCUCCAUCUCAAGACCUCAAUACCAUCAACACCCCUCAAGGCUACUCUUCUCGAAGCACAACGGGAACAAUCACUGUAUUCAGGCCACCGAGUCAGUUUCCUGCGCUCGCUUGAUGACCGGAGGGACUUCUUCCUGCUUGGUGGUUGGGAGUCGGUAGAGCUGCACUGUGGUGAAUGGAUAGCAACGGAGAUUAAUCAGCGGUUACUUGCGAAGCUGAAGGACGAAGUAGAUAUUGGGUACAUGUUUCAUUUGGAUGUUGAUCCCUCUACUCCCAUUCCGGUAUCAGCACCAGUCAUCGGGGUAGCCCGCUGCUUCGUUGAGAAAGAGAAGAAGGGGGACUUCGAUCGUCUUUUUAAAGCUGGCUUGUCCGAUUUGGAAAAGUUCACGCCGAACUAUCCCUGCUUUGGGGGAUGGAGAAUUGACAAAGAGGGUGAGGAUGAAGAGUUUGUCCUGUUGACUGGAUGGAGUUCGGUGGAGCAUCAUGAAGAGUUUUACAAGUCUGAGUUAUCGAAGGAGUUUGCGAAGACGAAAUCGUUUAUCAAGAAAACGGAGGUUAAGCAUGUGCGACUAGAGGACUGGGCGUGA